CCUGGACGCCUACUGGUGUUGCCAGCGCGGCGGUGGCGGAUCGCUCGGUUCCAGCCAGUAGGUCCUGUGAGGGCGAGCUGAGGCGGAGAAAGGGCGUGGAACUGGGAACGGGUGAGUCGGACGCAGUCUACGCGGUCGAGGGAGGCGGCACCGCGGCGUAGGGUUGACUUAAAUAAAUGGACCCGUGCUGCAGUCUCUCCGGAGACACCGCGGUCUUAGCGUCAGCGAGCAGAGGGUGAGGAGGCGCCAGAGCCCGGUCCUUGCAUCCUUACUCGUCCUCAGCUCCCCGCCAGCAUCUCCACCAUGCAGUCCCGGGAAGAAGCUUCGCGCUCUCGCCGCCUCGCUAGUCCCCGCGGCGGGAAGCGGCCCAAAAGGGUUCACAAACCCACGGUUUCGGCUUUUUUCACGGGCCCAGAGGAGCUGAAGGACACGGCUCAUUCCGCAGCCCUGCUGGCCCAGCUCAAGUCCUUCUACGACGCGCGGUUGCUCUGUGAUGUGACCAUCGAGGUGGUCACUCCUGGCAGCGGGCCUGGCACGGGCCGCCUCUUCCCCUGCAACCGUAACGUGCUGGCUGCCGCGUGUCCCUACUUCAAGAGCAUGUUCACCGGCGGCAUGUACGAGAGUCACCAGACGAACGUGACCAUGCACGAUGUGGAUGCCGAGUCCUUCGAGGUGCUGGUCGAUUACUGCUACACGGGUCGUGUGUCCCUGAGUGAAUCCAAUGUGGAGCGCCUGUACGCCGCCUCCGACAUGCUGCAGCUCGAGUAUGUGCGUGAAGCCUGUGCCUCCUUCCUAGCCCGCCGCCUUGACCUGGCCAACUGCACGGCCAUCUUCAAGUUCGCCGACGCCUUCGGCCAUCGCAAGCUGCGAUCACAGGCCCAGUCCUUUAUAGCCCACAACUUCAAGCAGCUCAGCCAGAUGAGUUCGAUUCGGGAGGAGUCUCUGGCAGAUUUGACCCUGGCCCAACUGCUGGCCGUCCUGCGCCUGGACAGUCUAAACAUCGAGCAUGAGCAGACCGUGUGCCACGUGGCGGUGCAGUGGUUGGAGGCGGCUCCCAAGGAGCGGGGUCCCAGCGCUGCAGAAGUCUUCAAGUGUGUCCGCUGGACACACUUCACCGAUGAAGAUCGGAAUUACCUGGAGGGGCUGCUGACCAACACCAUGGUGAAGAAGUACUGUCUGGACCUUGUUGAAGGGGCCCGGCAGAUGCGAUAUGGUGACACGCUGUGCAAGUCUCUGGUGCCAAAGCCAGAGAGCAGCAGCGGUGGCGGCAGCAGCGGCAGCGGCAGCGGGGGCGUCGUUAGCAGUGUCGUUAGCGGCGCUGGCGGCGGCGGCGGCGGCUGCAGCAGCAGCUCUGUUGUAUCCGUGGCAGAAAAUCCACCCCAGAGGCUGGGUGUGUAUGCCAAGAAGAUGGUGAUCUUCUUUGGACAUCCCAGAGAUCCCUUUCUGUGCUGUGACCCAUACUCGGGGGACAUUUACAAAGUGCCAUCACCUUUGACCUGCCUUGCUCACACUAGGACUGUGACCACCUUAGCUGUCUGUGUCUCUCCAGACCAUGACAUCUAUCUGGCCGCCCAGCCCAGGAAGGACCUCUGGGUGUAUAAACCAGCCCAGAAUAGUUGGCAGCAACUUGCUGACCGCCUGCUCUGCCGUGAGGGCAUGGACGUGGCAUACCUCAAUGGCUACAUUUACAUUUUGGGUGGGCGGGACCCUAUUACCGGCAUUAAACUGAAGGAGGUGGAGUGCUACAGUGUCCAGAGGAACCAGUGGGCACUGGUGGCUCCACUGCCCCAUUCUUUUAUUUCCUUCGAUCUGAUGGUAAUUCAGAACUAUCUUUACGCUCUCAAUAGUAAGCGCAUGUUCUGCUUUGAUCCCAGCCACAAUAUGUGGCUGAAGUGUGUUUCUCUGAAGCGCAAUGAUUUUCAGGAAGCCUGUGUCUUCAAUGAUGAGAUCUAUUGCAUCUGCGACAUCCCUGUCAUGAAGGUCUACAAUCCAGUCAGAGGAGAGUGGAGGCAGAUUAAUAACAUUCCCUUGGUGUCAGAGACUAACAACUACCGGAUUAUCAAUCAUGGGCAAAAACUGUUGCUGAUCACCUCACGCACCCCGCAGUGGAAAAAGAACCGGGUGACUGUGUAUGAAUAUGAUAUUAGGGGUGACCAGUGGAUUAAUAUAGGUACCACAUUAGGCCUGUUCCAGUUUGAUUCUAACUUUUUUUGCCUCUCAGCUCGCGUUUAUCCUUCCUGUCUUGAACCUGGUCAGAGUUUUCUCACUGAGGAGGAAGAAGUACCCAGUGAAUCGAGCACUGAGUGGGAUUUAGGUGGAUUCAGUGAGCUGGACUCUGAGUCAGGAAGUUCAAGUUCUUUAUCUGAUGAUGAUUUGUGGGUUCAGGUAGCCCCUCAGUGAAAUGCGCAGGGUCAGCAGAGUGUGUUAUAGAUAAGCUGAAACACUAAGGUGUUUUUACUGCUUUGGAAAGUAUCUUAAAGAGACCCUUUCGUUUUGCUGG